AUGUCCAUCUCCCGUCUCCAACACCCCAACAAUGGUGUUUCGCGGGCGGUCGUCAAAGACUUUGCGAUCUUCGACCCGGCUCACGCAGCCCAUGCUCGCGGGCAAAUGAAGUAUGCCACAAAUACCGCCUCGUACCCCCAGCUCCCCAUCCACGAUGAAACGGAGUCAACCCAGCGCAGAGUCUGCGGUGCAUAA